AAAAUAAGAUGUAAAAGGAAUAUCCCCUUAUUUCUCUUUCUAUGUCUUCUCUUCUCUUCUCUUCAUUUCUUCAUCUUUGUUUUCUCUCACUAACUCCAUCUUUCUCUCUCUUCUGCUCUUAUUGUUGCCUGUUCAGGUCGACUUCUGGUCGGGUGCUUUGCUUAUUUACCUCUUCUUUCUUUACUUUCCUUUCUUUCUUUUUACUAAAAAAGUAAGAAUUUCAUGGGUUUUCAUCAUGUCAUGAAACUUGUGCUUUUAUGGUAUUGUAUCCCUUUUUAAGUUUUAAGGUUUGGUAAUUUAAUCACUUCUAUUUUUGGUAAAGAGUAUAGGGAAAAAAAUACAAAAGAAAGUUUGUAUCUUUUUGUUGUUUUAUUAUUAUUGCUAGUUACUUCUUGAAUUUUGUGAGGUGGGUACUUGUGUGAAUGGUAAAAGAGUGGUUUUUUUAGGUUAGUUUAGUGAUUUAUUGAUAUUGCUUGAAAUUUAUGAAGUGGGUACUUGUGAAAUUGGUGAAGGACUGAUUUUUAAGGUGUUAAUUUAUCUGGGUUUGGUUUAGUUUAGAGAUUAUUGUUGCUAGUGCUGAAAUUUAUGAGGUGGGUGUAUGUGAAAAGGGUGAAGGAGUGAUUUUGAUGGUGUUAGUUUAUGUGGGUUUGGUUUAGUUUAGAAAAGUCUGGGGUUUGUGACCCUCUUUUUGAGGGGUUUUUCCACUUUUGGUAGUAAUUUGAAGUGUGGGAACUAAUGAAGGAAUGGAAUGUGGUAAUUAGCAGGAAAAAAGUGUUUAUGGGAAGCAAGGGUUUUGAAUUAUUAGUGGGUAUGUUUAAUUGGGAGAUUAUUAAGUUGCAUAUUAGUAAGGAUUGUUUAAGCUAGCUUUUACCCAGAAUAGCAAUAAGUGGGAUAUGAAGCUUUCAGCAUCAGGAUUGGUUCAACCUGGGAAUGAAGGGGGCGAAAAGAAGUGUCUUAAUUCAGAACUAUGGCAUGCUUGUGCUGGUCCUCUUGUGUGCCUACCGACUGCUGGGAGCCGUGUUGUCUAUUUUCCUCAGGGUCAUAGUGAGCAGGUUGCUGCCACUACUAAUAGAGAUGUUGAUGGCCAGAUACCUAACUACCCGAGUUUGCCUCCACAGUUGAUUUGCCAGCUUCAUAAUGUCACAAUGCAUGCUGAUAUUGAGACGGAUGAAGUCUACGCCCAAAUGACUUUGCAACCGUUAAGUCCGCAAGAACAGAAGGACAUAUAUCUACCUGCAGAUUUCGGGAUACCAAGUAGACAGCCCACCAAUUAUUUCUGUAAAACAUUGACAGCUAGUGACACCAGUACUCACGGAGGGUUUUCUGUUCCUCGUCGUGCAGCUGAGAAAGUUUUUCCUCCACUGGACUAUUCUCUGCAGCCACCGGCUCAAGAAUUGGUUGCUAGAGAUCUACAUGACGUUGAGUGGAAGUUUAGACACAUAUUUCGAGGACAGCCCAAAAGGCAUCUUCUUACUACAGGAUGGAGCGUUUUUGUCAGUGCUAAAAGACUUGUUGCUGGAGAUUCUGUUCUGUUUAUAUGGAAUGAGAAGAAUCAACUAUUUCUGGGAAUUCGCCGGGCCACUCGACCUCAAACUGUAAUGCCUUCGUCUGUCUUAUCAAGUGACAGUAUGCAUAUAGGACUUCUGGCAGCUGCUGCUCAUGCUGCUAAUACUAAUAGUUGUUUUACCAUUUUCUAUAAUCCGAGGGCAAGCCCAUCGGAGUUCGUCAUACCUUUAUCGAAAUAUGUCAAAGCAGUGUAUCACACACGUGUUUCUGUUGGGAUGCGAUUUCGUAUGUUGUUUGAGACUGAAGAAUCAAGUGUUCGUAGAUACAUGGGUACAAUUACUGGAAUCAGUGACCUAGAUCCUGUUCGUUGGCCAAGCUCUCACUGGAGAUCUGUGAAGGUUGGUUGGGAUGAAUCAACUGCUGGUGAGAGACAACCACGAGUUUCAUUAUGGGAAAUCGAGCCUUUGACAACCUUCCCCAUGUAUCCAUCUCUCUUUCCCCUCAGGCUCAAAAGACCAUGGCAUGCUGGCACUUCGUCACUGUCAGAUAAUAUAGAUGAUACUGCAAACAGCUUAAUGUGGUUGAGGGGACAAGGCGGAGAACAAGGUCUAAAUUCCAUGAAUUUCCAGUCCCUUGGAAUGUUCCCGUGGAUGCAGUCUAGAGUCGAUAGUUUGCUUCCUCUCGGAAAUCAGAACCAGCAGUAUCAAGCAUUGUUAUCCCCCACUUUUCAAAAUUUAAGAGGCGGUGAUAUGUUGAAUCCCCAGAUGAUGCAGUUUCAACAACCUAUUCAAUAUCUCCAGCAGUCGACCAGCCAAAUCCCGAUGUUGCAGCAGCAGCAGCAGCAACAACAGCAACUGAUUCAUUCAUCGCUGACCCAACAAAUGUUACAAGGGCAGUCUCAGGUUUCGAAGGAUACCCUUCCACAGCGUGUCCUCCCACAGGAGUAUUUCAAGCAUAGCGGAGGAUUAUCUAACCAACAAUUAUGUGGUUCCGAGGCGUUUUCACUUCCGAAUAACGAAAUGCAAAGCAGGCAGCAACUUACGAUGUCGUCGGCCCUUGGAAAAGCAGACACAAGCUCCGGAAAUGCCGAGAUAUCCAGUUCUACUCAUUCACCUGUACAGAACAUUCUGUCUUCUGCGCGUACCGAAGGAAUUAGUAAUUUUUCUGAUAUUUCACAUGUUAAUCAGACGACGUUAAAUGAACAGAGUUCCCAACAUCCUUUAGUAUCAUUGAAUUCAUUUACACCCAUUAACGCCUUCGGGAAUUCGGUCUCUCUACCUCCAUACCCCGGGAAAGACACUUCCUUGGAGACCGGAAACUGUAGCUUAGAUGUGCAGAAUCACAAUGUAUUUGGUGCUAACCUUGAUUCUUCCGGGCUUGUAUUACCAAUGACAAUGCCGACUACUUAUCGUACUUCUUCAAACGAUACGGAACUAUGCUCGUUACCGUCAGGUGCUUCUGGGUAUCACAAUAUGUAUGGUUGUAAUAGCAACUCUCCGGAGUUGCAUAGUGAAGGGCAGGGUGACCUGCCAAACCCAACAAGAACAUUUGUUAAGGUGUAUAAAUCUGGAUCAGUUGGGCGUUCGUUAGACAUCUCCCGGUUCAGCAGCUAUCAUGAGUUGCGUGAGGAGCUGGGUCAGAUGUUUGGAAUUGAGGGAAAGCUCGAUGACCCUCUGAGAUCAGGCUGGCAGCUUGUGUUUGUCGACAGGGAGAACGAUGUACUUCUCCUUGGAGACGACCCUUGGGAGGCAUUUGUAUACAAUGUCUCCUAUAUAAAAAUACUUUCACCCGAAGAUGUCCAGAAGUUGGGGAAGCUAAGGACCGAGACAUACUCAUAGAACUCGGAGGUAGAAUGUCGCAGAUCGAGGUUACAAAAUAGACAUUGAGCGGUCGACGUUUACCCCCUUCGGAUCAUCAAGCAAGUGAAGAUAAAACGUUUUAGUAAAUUUCUUAAUACAACAUGUUUUGAGUACUCACUCAGCUUAUGGUAGGCUUAAUGCCUUAAAUUCUAAACAUGAGAUUAGUAACUUUUGCCCAAAUACACAUUUUGUAGCUCAACUAAGACUUAUAUUCUGAGCUCAUGCAACAUUUAUUUAGCUUUUUGUCAUAAUUUGUAGCCAUUUGGGUGAGUGAGAUUUCCUUAUUCAAGUUUUUCAACAAUUGCUCAAGAAAUUGUUAUGAUAUUACAACUUGUGAAGACUA